GCCCAUGGCGUGCCGCCCCUUCUUCGGCGACCAGGCGAUGAACGCGCGGUCGGUGGCCAGCGUGUGGGGCUUCGGCACGGCGUUCGACGGACCGAUGACGCGCGGCGGCGUGGCCAACGCGGUGGCGACGCUGCUGCGCGGGGAGGAUGGGGAGCGGAUGAGGGCCAAGGCGCAGGAGCUGCAGGCCAUGGUGGGCAAGGCGUUCCAGCCGGACGGCGGCUGCAGGAAGAACUUCGCCGAGUUCGUCAAGAUAGUUUCUCGGGUGUGAUCGUGUGUACUCGUAUACAACUGUAGUAUAAAAGUCUUGCUAAGUCUCAUUUGAUACUAUAUCUAUGUACUCGUACAAUUGUAUAAGAAUCCCUGCCACUUUUUCACGGCAAUUUAUUUUGUUA